UGUUCUUGUAUAUCACUUAUGGGACAGUUAUGACAGUGUUCAAGGGGGGACUUGAACCUGUCUCGGGAACUUUACAUGUUCCCACCAUAUUUUCUCACAGAAAAUAUGGUUUCCAUAGGAACAUGUACCUGUUAGUUUUUGAAGAGUCAUGGGGAAUCUCGAAACAGUGAAAAAAAACAGUUGCACAGUGAUCAUACAUAGUAAACAUAAGGAACAGAGGUCAUAUGAGGUCAGAGGGUGCCUUGAAACAGGCGUGAGAUCUGCACCUGCACCAGAAAUGUAACAAAAUCUAUAGACCUAUAUAAAGAGGAGUUGAGUGGUCAUCAGAUCAUACAGCACUGAUAUUUACAGAGAAUAUGGUGGAGAGACAUACUGUACAAGAAGUACUUGAUCUAAUCUUCCAAGAUGAAGACAGUGAUUUGGACGAGGAUGUGUCAGAGCAAGAAGACCAAUUAGAGGAAAACUCUGAUUACAGUCACUCUGAUGAUGACGACGACGAUGAUGAUGAUGAUGAUGAUGAUGCCAAUGAUGAAGAAAAUGAGCAGGCAGUGGGGGAGACAGUCAUGUCGAAAAACAAUGCCAUCAUUUGGUCCUCACUUCCUCAUACAGUUGCAGGGAGGAUGGCAGGGGAAAAUGUCAUUCGAAUGACUCCAGGACCCACAAGACUGGCUAUUUCCCAAGCAUUUGGCAUUCUGUCAACGUUCCAGCUCUUCCUUCCUGUAGCCAUUGAAAGAAUUGUCAUUGAAAUGACAAACAGGGAAGGGAUCAAACGGUAUGGUCAAGAGUGGAAGACCAUAGAUGUGACUCAGCUGCAUGCCUACAUAGGGCUUCUAAUACUGGCUGGCAUUUACAGGUCAAAGGGUGAGGCUGCUUCCAGUCUCUGGAAUGCUGACACAGGAAGACCAAUAUUUCGUGCCACCAUGUCCCUAGAGAUGUUCCGUACCAUAUCAGCAGUCAUCAGAUUUGAUAAUCGAGAGACAAGACCUGUGCGACGUGUCACUGACAAACUGGCAGCAAUCAGGGAUGUCUGGGACAAGUGGGUAGAACGGCUACCUCUAAUGUACAACCCUGGUCCUGAGGUGACAGUGGAUGAAAGAUUGGUUCCAUUCAGAGGUCGCUGUCCUUUUCGGCAGUACAUGCCUAGCAAGCCAGGGAAAUAUGGCAUAAAGCUAUGGGCAGCUUGUGAUGCACGUUCCAGUUAUGCUUGGAAUAUGCAAGUAUAUACUGGGAAGCCAGCUGGGGGAACCCCAGAGAGAAAACAGGGCAAGCGCGUUGUGCUAGAGAUGACAGAAGGGCUAAGAGGACACAAUGUGACAUGUGACAACUUUUUCACCUCUUAUGAGCUUGGUCAGGAGCUCCUAAAGAAGAAGAUGACAAUGGUUGGCACAGUGAGACGGAACAAACCUGAGCUACCCCCCACUCUGGUGACAACAAGAGGGAGAGAGGUAUUUUCAUCGAAGUUUGCUUUCACCCAUGACACCACAGUUGUUUCAUACAUGCCAAAGAAGAACAAGAAUGUCAUCCUAAUGAGCACAUUGCACAAGGCUGCAGAGAUCAGUACUCGGGAGGACAGAAAACCCACCAUGAUACUUGAAUAUAAUGCCAACAAAGGUGGAGUGGACAAUCUUGAUAAAGUGACAGGCACAUACAGCUGCAAGAGGAGGACUGCCCGCUGGCCUCUUGCUAUAUUUCACAAUAUCAUUGACAUAUCCACCUACAACUCGUUUGUGAUCUGGAGAGAGCUAAACCCUACCUGGAGGGCAAGCGUGAGGAACUGGAGGAGGCACUUUUUGGAGGAACUUGGAAAGGCUCUCGUGACUCCAUGCAUGCAAAAGCGGCAACACCUUCCUCGCACAGCAGCUUCUGCCGCACUGGUAAGAGCAGUACAGCCACCUCAGCCUGGCACUGGCACUGAUGUCCCACAUGAAGACAACAGAAGGGGACAGAAAAGAAAGAGGUGCAACUUCUGCCCACCAAAAAAACACUGCAAGACCGGGACAACCUGCUGCAAAUGUAGGAAACACAUAUGCAAGGCCCACACACACAAGGUGUCACACUACUGCUUUGAAUGCACACAGUAAUAUUGUUGUGGAUGAUGUGAUUUAUGUUCUAACUGCUGAUGUUGAAUUCAUACUGAAUUUAUAUAAUUAAUGAAUGUGUUAUUGCAUUGGUAGUUAUGGAGAGUUUUUUGGUGUUAAGACAAUGGGGACGGUGUUCAACGUUCCAAUGGUUGUACUGGGUUAUUAUAAACUAAAUCCUCUUCUUCUUAAAUGUUCUUAAAUGUUUUUGCAAACUGUACUUUCAAUAAAAUAUAUUAACAUCAUUAUGACUAUUAUGUUUUCAUGUCUUAGGUAAAAAAGAAUGUGUGAAAGAUGUUUCUAUCCAAAAUCGGGUAGUGUAAAUAUAUAAAAAAUACACUCUCUUUGCUUUCUGAAACAUUGAUUAAGGAUUAAUCAACCAUUUAUUAAUGUCAGAUUGGUCAUUUAUAUGUUUUAAAAAGAUAUGGAGCUCAAAAUUGGGUGUGGACUCUUAUUAGUAGGGUAUUCUUUGCCUGGGUCAAAAUUGACCCAGACCAUACCAUGAAGGCAUGGAAUAUGAACAGUAUGUAAGGGUUAGUUCUAACAAAUGAAAGAGACUCGGAGACGUGGUCAGUGGAAGAGGGAGCUGAAAUGGACAGGAACAGUUUCAGGCCCCUGAGGAGAUUCUCACUACAAGGCUUUUACUUCAGUACACACUGCUUUCUGUAUUUUUGCAUAAUUCUAAUAGUGAAAUACACUUUGAAUAAAUCAGUAUAAUUAUAUAAUACACUGUAGAUAUUUUUGUUCUAUGAAGUUUGUAUUUAACAUGAAUUUUGUAGCUCAGUCCCUCUGAUUCUAUAUUCAGACCUAAAACUGAUUCCUCCACUGACUACUGCAGAAAGAAAAUGUUUCUCAUGAAGCAGAGAUGCUUUGGUGGGCUUUACUUCACUUGCAGAAACACAUCAUGCGUUGUGCUUUAGGGAUCAUAUAACUCUUUCUUUAAUGAUGUAAGAAAUAAAACACUGUGGGUGAUGUGGUGUUGUAGUAAAAUAAUUAAUGACAGGGUGGUGUGAUGAAGCAGAGUUACUGCUAUACACUGCUGAUUAUUUUCUUAAGUGUUUUUUUUUGUUCUUCUACCACUACAGUUUAUUAUUCAUAAUUUUCUGUUUAAGAAUGACACUGUUUAAAUUUGUUUUUCCCUUUAUUGACUUGGUAUAACCUGCAUUACAAAAUAAUUGCACUUGUAAAUUAUACGUUAGGUUAAUUAAGUAACAUGAAGGACAAUGAGACAACAGAGUAUAAAACAAAUGUGACAGAACAAAAGAAAAAAAAUCAUAGUACGACUAAGUUUUCACAGGUCAACCUGUGAAAAAACAUUUACUGCUUUUGAAAUGAGGUAUGUGAUGUAAUUGAGAAGUUGACAGUUACCGUAUUGUUUUCUGUAUUUCUGUAAUAUAAAUAUAUUUAUCUGUUAAUCAUCCAGCAGAUGUUUAAUAAAACUUCACUGUUUGCUGUGAAA